UGCUUCCACUUCCCAGUCAGCUGUGGCAGAUCAUACGAAAGGCGCAGAGCAAAACUAAGCGUAUAUUAAAACAUAUUGAAAGUUACGCCGACCUCAACUCCGAACAGCAAUAUGCUCACAACGAGGUAUAUCGUUUUCUCACUUUGUUUAGUGGCGAGAGGUUUUGCUGAGGACCCUGAAAUCAACAUGAAUGUGGCUCAAAUCAUCCAACACUGGGGGUACCCGGCUGAAGAAUACGAUGUCGCAACCUCCGAUGGCUAUAUCCUCACGGUGCAACGAGUUCCGCGCGGUCGAAACGACCAAGCGACUGGCACCAAGCGACCAGUCGUCUUUCUUCAACACGGACUUCUGGGAUCCUCCAGCCAGUGGGUCACCAACCUUCCACAUCAGAGUCUCGCCUUCAUUCUGGCUGACAAGGGAUUCGAUGUUUGGCUCGGAAAUUCCCGUGGAAACACGUAUGGCCUGAAGCACGAACGCCUGUCAACAGACACCGACGAGUUCUGGGAUUUCAGUUUCGAUGAGUUUGCAAAGUACGAUCUUCCGGCUUCGCUUGAAUUCGCCAUGGCUCGUUCGCAGCAAAGAACUAUCGCGUACAUUGGCCAUUCCCAAGGCACAACCAUCGGGUUUGCAGCUUUCUCGAGAAACCAAACAUUGGCUGCCAAAAUCAAUUUAUUUAUCGCCCUGGCCCCGGUCGCCACCGUCGGCAAUAUGAAAAGCCCCAUUCGAUACAUGUCGUACCUGAGUGGAGGAAUACAGUGGUUGUCCUGGCUAUUUGGCGUUCGUGAUUUUCUGCCUUCGACAUUCGUUACUCGGUCGCUUGGUCGUUACGUCUGUGAAGAUGACGUGGGUAGUGCAUGGUGCUCAAACAUCAUGUUUUUGCUGUGUGGCUACGAUAAGAAACAGCUCAAUAUGACACGAUUACCUGUGUACGUGGCUCACACCCCAGCGGGAACGUCAGUCAAGGAUGUGGCGCAUUUUGCUCAGAUGUACAAAUCGGGAAAAUUCCAGAUGUACGACUAUGGUUGGAGAUAUAAAAAUCGAAUGCAUUAUGGUCAGUCUACGCCCAAACUGUACGACGUUUCCAAAAUCCGAGUUCCAGUGGCGCUGUUCUCCGCUGACAAGGACUGGCUGGCGACUCCCAAAGAUGUUUCCAAACUCAAAGCUAAACUCAAGACGGUGGUUUUCAGCAAAGAUCUUGUAUCAUGGGACCAUCUUGAUUUCAUUUGGGGAAUGGAUGCGCCGAGCUUGAUUUAUGAAGACAUCGCAGGUCUGCUGAAAAACUCGAAUAGGCUCGAACGGAAAAAUGCGUCGGGAAAUUAAAUGUUCUUGUUGCCUCUAAUUUUUAUGGACUGAACAAUUUACUUUUGUAUGGCGUUGAUUAGAUGAACGUUUUUAGAAAAAUGUUCAAGUUACUAUCACAAUAAUGUUUGUUGGGGGUUAUAAUGUUUCUAACGUAUCUCAAUAUGUCGCAAAGUAAAAUGUAAACUGUGGUAUACUAUUAAACAAUCAGCUUUUAUUUC